AAAAUGUUCUUGAUUUGACGUGUCUGUUGAUCUCGGUUUAUUUUAUGGCUAUGGAAUGAGAGAAUGUAGAUAAUACAAAAAUUUAAGAUUUUUGUGAUCAUUAUGAUAAUUUUAUGCAUUAUGCAUGUAAAGGUACACUUGGUUAUAUCAAAUUUUAAGAAGAUAUUCUGAUAUCACAAUCUCUUCCAGUAUUAUAGUCAAUUUUAAAUAUAACAUGCGAAUAAAACGCACAAUUGUAGUGCUAGGUUUAAUAACAAUAACGUGGUCGUUGGUGUUGUAUUUUACUUUAUUAUAUCGUCCAAUUUAUUCAGAGACUUCUGUAAAUGUCAAUCGACAAAUUGUGAUUUUGGAACAAGGCAUAUCAGAACAGUUUAAGAAAAAUAAUGAUAUGAUUAACAAUGCUCAGAAGCUGUUAGAAAUUAAAAAGAAAGGUGAUCAUGGACAAAGGCAAAUACCGAAAGAAGCGUUGAACGUUAAAAUUCCAGUACUUGUAUUUGCAUGUAAUCGAGUAACAAUUAAUAAAUGCUUAGAUAGGCUUAUACAGUAUAGGCCUGAUCCAGAUCAGUUUCCUAUUAUUGUAAGCCAGGAUUGUAAUCAUGAUGAAACUAGAGACGUAAUAGAAAAAUAUGGAAACCAAGUAUCUCUGAUUCAACAGCCAGAUCAGUCUGAUAUACAGGUUCCCCCAAAAGAAAAGAAAUUUAAAGGGUAUUUUAAGAUUGCCCGGCAUUAUGGGUGGGCACUUAACCAAAUGUUUUUUAAUUUUAAUUUUAGUACUGUUAUUAUUGUAGAAGAUGAUUUAGAGGUAUCGUCAGACUUUUUUGAAUACUUCCUUGGUACUUAUCCACUACUAGUAAAAGACUCGUCACUGUGGUGUAUAUCUGCUUGGAAUGAUAAUGGCAAAGAAGGGUUAGUAAAUAUGAAUCGACCAGAUCUUCUGUACCGAACAGAUUUCUUCCCUGGUCUGGGUUGGAUGUUGACAAAAUCAUUGUGGUUGGAACUGUAUACGAAAUGGCCAAGAGCCUAUUGGGACGAUUGGAUUCGAGACCCACAGCAACGAAAAGGCAGAUCCUGCAUACGUCCUGAAAUUUCCAGAACUAGAACAUUUGGUAAAACAGGUGUUUCAAAUGGCAUGUUUUUUGAAAAACAUUUGAAAUUUAUAAAACUAAAUGAGGAGUUUGUGCCUUUUACCAAAAUGAAUUUAACCUACUUAUUAAAGGAAAAUUAUGACAGAAGCUUUGUUAAAGAUGUUUACCAAAGUCCAGUAGUGAAUUAUCAAGACCUUCGAGAAGGUCGUAUCGAUUAUAAUAGUCCUGUGAGAAUUACUUAUAGAAACCGAGAUGAAUACAAAAUUAUAACAAAAAAAUUAGGAUUAAUGGAUGAUUUUAAGAGUGGAGUGCCUCGAACCGCUUAUAGAGGAAUAGUGACAUUUUAUUAUAAAGAGAAAAUGGUUCAUCUAGCUCCAAACGUGAACUGGAAAGGCUAUGAUGUUAGCUGGAGUUAACCUACAAACAGCCAUUGGCUACAUCCAAUAUACUCAAAUUUUUCAAAGCACUUUACGAUGUCAUCUGUGUACUAGAAAAAAUAUGGAGCAAAUUAAUUUUCAGAUCAAAAUAGGCUAGAUCACGUCGGUUUUGUACCAAGAGUGCUACAAUUUGGCAGAUGAUGGCCGGAUCAAUCUAUAUUCUUUUAUAAAAAGUAUCCAUAGUGCUUUCAAAUCUUUGGGUAUAUUGGAAGUAGCCAUUAAAUAAGUAGUGUGCUUAAACACAGCUCUGCAAUUUGAGUGUUUAUUUUGAGGAAAUCAUGUUCAUCAUCAAAAAAUCAACAAAUCAUGCAUGUUCAUAAAAUUAUUUCACCAGCGGUGACGAUUAUUGAUUAGGAAGCAUGGGACCCAAUCCUUUUUGAGAGAAUAAUUUCUACUCUCACAUAAAGAAUUUUCAUGACGAAAAAAUUUCAAAGAAAAUUUGUGAAAUAUGGAAUAAAAAUAGGGGUUGUCAACCCCGAGAUCUCCAAAGGUAUGUGUGCAAAAUAUACAGGGUGUUAUGAAAUUCGUGGACACAGACUGUGGGAUCAUGUUAAGCUAGAUAAGGUCAUAAAAAAUAUCUCCAUCAUUUUUCAGUCAGACCGAAAUUUUUCGAGAUACGGCAGUUUUAAAUAACCGAAAAUAAUAAAAAUUUUCAAUUUUUAACCAUUUAAUAAAUAAUUAUGAUAAACGAAUUGUUCAAAAUUUCCACCACCUGCUGCUAAACAUGCUUCAGCACAUUGUGCUACUGCUUUCUGGCGUUAAUUGUUGUAUUGUUUGAAACAAUUAAUGCCAAUUCAGAAAGCAUUUAUUAAUACUUUGACAUUCGUCAGAGUACAGUAAAAGUAUCUGUUAAUACAAACUGUGAAUAUUAUUCAAAUUGUGAAUAUUAUGAUAUGCUGUUGGCUCUCGGAGCUUCAAAUAAUCAUGCAGGUGAAGCAGUGCGGUUGGCUUGGCAGAGGCGGUCCAUUUGCUUGGCCACCUCAUUCUCCAGACCUAACGCCAUGUGAUUUUUUCUUUUGGGGCUUCCUAAAAACGUUGAUGUACAGAACGCCAGUGGCAAGUUUGAAUGAGUUGCAGAACCGCCUAUUUCAAUCAAUACAGCAAAUAACACCAGAGGUGAUGCGCAACUCCAUUCGAGCAGUAGCUCAAUGUGCUGAAGUAUGUUUAACAGCAGACGACAGAAAUUUUGAACAAUUAAUUGUAAUUUGUUUGUCGUAGGUAAUUGUUUAUCUAAUGAUGGAAAAUUGAAAUUUAUAAUAUAUUUUUAUUAUUUUUGAAUAUUUUAUACUGCUAUAUCUCGAAAAAUACUGCUCUGAUUGAAAAAUCAUAACGACACUUUUAUCACCUUAUCUAGCCUAAUAUGACCCCACAGUCCAUGUCUGCAAAUUUUGUAACGCCCUAUAUAUAUAUAUAUUUGCAUAAUCAACUGAUAGAUACAAACAGGUGAUUUUUAGUUAUACCUAUUUAAAUUUUAUUUUUCAAACUCCUUAAAUGCUGUAACUUUGACUAUGAAAAUUGUAAAAUAUUUGGCACAGCUCUUUGAGAACUGAGGGUUUUCUGAUUAAAAUCUUCACCAACAACUAUUUGCCAUAAAUUGUCAAAGAUUUUUAUAAAAAUUACUGCUACACCAAUUUAAUUUCAAAGAACACACUUUGCUGCAUACACUUAAAAUUAUACGAUUCUUUUACAUUUUACUAUAAACACAACAUAACACUACAUCUACCUCAAUUUUUACUACCUACUAAUGAAAGUUAUUCUUAAGAAAAUGCAUUUAUUAGUUGUAGACAAUUCUGAACACAGAACAUCUCUAAUAUAAAAUGACAGCGCUAAUAGUGGCCACAUGAGAAAUUAUUAUUAUUUCAGCCCCUUUUCACUAUGUACCAUGUACUUCAGUUGGCCAACGAAGGUCAUUGUAACCAGAGACCAUCAUAAUCCAUGGUUAUCAACCACACGCUGGCUAACAUUUGACAUUUCAUUAACGUCAUAAUAUUCUACAUUUUAUUUACUCAAAGUAUCGUAAUGUAUGGACGUGAAAACGACUGUGCCUGCUAUUGUGUUUAAAUUACACACACCACCAAAAAACUGUUUAAAAGAAUGUCGAGAAAGAGUAUUGGCCAUGGUUGUCCAUGUGCCUCUGAGUGGUGACCAAAAACUGAUACCAAACCAAUUGCAAACCAUUGUCUGCCAGCGUUAUCCAGUUACAACCCUCUACAUGAUGGCCAUUGCUCUCAAUUGGCUACCAUGGCCAAUCAUUAAGAGGGGCCUUCAUGUGUGGCAAAAAUCGCAGACAUUUUUACAUAACGACUCAUAAGAGUUUAGUCUCCUCCGCCUCCGCGGAUUAAAAAAAUAAUUUUGAAUAUUCAGGAUAUAAUUUGCAUUUCAUAAUGUUCUUCUGUUAUUGUAUUUUAUAUUGUUUGGUUAUUGUCUUUUAUAUUAUAGUUUUAUUUAUAAAAAAUGCAUCACCCUAGGCAAAUAUUAUUUCAAAUAAAAAAAUGUGAUAUAUUGACUCUUUGUUCAGCGAGUUUCUUAUUGCAAUUUCCAUCACGUUAGGUGAAAACAAGCUGUUGUAUGUUUGUUUCUGUAAAGCAGGACAGCUCCUCGCCUGCAAAUAUGUUAGAACCACUUCCAUAUUAUUAUGUUCGUUUACCCGUUUACCAGUCUGUAAUUUGAUUUUUCAUCUCUUUAAGUUUUCCCUUCUUGCAAAAGUAAAAUAAUACAAUUUCUAAUAAAUAUUUAUGUAUUUACUGUACAGCAGCACUGAAUAUCAUUUAUUAAAUAAACUGCCACUUAUACUUUUUCGAAGGUAAUUAUAUCAAAAACUUUCUGAACAUCAAAAUACAUAAAAAUAAUCAAAUCCAAACUGAAAUAUUUUCCUUAGAAGAGUGAUUUUAAAUUAACAUAAUAGAUGUCACUGCUCUCAUUAUUUUCAUAAGAAAAUCGGAAUUUUUAUUUUAAUUUGUGUAUUUUAAAAUAAAUACAACUAAGUUGCGCAGAGCUAUGUUUAGAGUCCUUUAUGAAAUUAGCAUUCCAAUUUGUUAAUCAUUUUCUCUAUUACGUAUCUUUUGUACAAGUUUUUAUUUUAAAUAAUUUAUUAUUUAUUUUUGUGAUAUUUUAUUAUUAUAUCUUAAUUACCUACUUUCAGAAGACAUAGGUAAACACGUUUGAUUAAAUUUUUGUUUUCACAAUUGUUUGAUAAUAAUGUAAAUAAUGUUAUG